GCGUGCGGAGCCGGGGAGCAGCUGGCUGGGGGCGCCGGCUGCCUUCCAUAAAGUGAAUGGCCGCAGUGAAUGGGAGUCAGUCGGCGGGGAUCGGCCUCCUGCUCCCUCUCCAUGUGGCGCAGGCGAGCAGAGAGGCGCAGAGCGGCCGGGGAGCCAGGGGGACUUACUUUGUGACGGGAGCCCAGGAGCCCGGGUGCAGGGGUGGGGGCAGACGUCUCUCCCGCGCCCAGGAUUAAGGCCGCCCGGCAGAGCCGGCGUCAGGACCCGCUAUUCUUCCUCCUCCUACAUCACCAUCCCUCAUUUCUACAAAAUGGAUUUCAACCUGCUGACGGACUCAGAGGCUCGCAGCCCAGCUCUGUCCCUCUCCGAUUCUGGGACACCCCAACAUGAACACAGCUGCAAGGGGCAAGACCACAGUGACACAGAGAAGUCCCAGCAGAACCAGACUGAUGACUCCAACCCUGAGGAUGGCUCCUUGAAGAAGAAACAGCGAAGACAGAGGACUCACUUUACCAGCCAGCAGCUCCAAGAACUGGAAGCCACCUUCCAGCGCAACCGCUACCCAGACAUGAGCACCAGGGAGGAGAUAGCAGUCUGGACCAAUCUGACUGAGGCACGAGUCCGGGUCUGGUUUAAGAACCGCAGAGCCAAAUGGAGGAAACGAGAAAGGAACCAACAGGCAGAACUUUGCAAGAACAGUUUUGGAGCCCAGUUCAAUGGACUGAUGCAGCCUUAUGAUGACAUGUAUUCUAGCUACUCAUAUAACAACUGGGCUACCAAGGGCCUUGCCACCAGUCCCUUGUCAGCCAAGAGCUUCCCCUUCUUCAACUCCAUGAAUGUCAGCCCCCUUUCCUCCCAGCCCAUGUUUUCCCCACCCAGUUCCAUUGCCUCCAUGACCAUGCCUUCCUCCAUGGUCCCCUCAGCAGUGACUGGAGUACCUGGCUCCAGCCUCAACAAUUUGGGAAACAUCAACAACCUCAACAGCCCAAGCCUCAACUCUGCUGUUUCAUCCAGUGCCUGUCCUUAUGCCUCUACUGCCAGCCCCUACAUGUACAGGGACACAUGCAACUCCAGCCUGGCCAGCUUGAGGCUGAAGGCCAAGCAGCAUGCUAACUUCACUUACCCAGCAGUGCAGACGGCAGCUUCCAACUUGAGCCCUUGCCAAUAUGCUGUGGACAGGCCUGUAUGAAGGACUGCCCUCUCUGCCCAUCGGGGACUUGACCUAAGCCUGACAAAAGGAGACCUUUUGCCCUAAAAAAUGGGGUAUGUCAUGCAGGAGAGAGACAGGCAGACAGACCUCUAUGAAGACUUGUCUAACUAUCGUAUGGUGAAUUUUGACCGUCUUUCCCCCCCCGGUAAAACAACCAAAACUGUCCAUUGGAAACCCAGUUGGAAACAUAGAAACCUAUGACAUGCAGUUUUCCUAACUCCUGGGCAGCAGGACUGAGCACAUUUCAAUCUAACCCCCAAGAUCUAACAGUUCUUCACUCCCUGCCCUUGGAUCAAAAAUUCCUGUUUAAAGCAUAGGCAACCAGAUGGUACAGCUCCAGGAGGCAGCCGGGGACUGAGGCAAAAUAGCACAGCCACUCAGUGCUUGGUUGACCACACAAAUGUGUGAGAGCUGUCUGAUGUCAUAUAAAGGCAUCUUUCCCACUUAUUUAUCAUGUGGCCAAUCCUGAACCUGGCAAGGAAGGCCCUGGCUCAGUCAGCAUACAUUUUUAUACUGCAGAUAUAUGCAUGGCCAUUACAACUUGAAGCCCUUAGGGACUGGGAGUUGUAGGGAAUGUAGACUGUGUGUGUGUUUAUAUUUUAUAUAUACACACACACACACAAAUAUAUAUAUAUAUAAAAUAUACUUUUUUUGUUUUAUACAUGGAACAAUCUCUGAAGUAGACCUUAAGGAUGAAAACCCAAGCAUGUCCACCAAAGCAGAGCGUUCUGCCUGCCAUGCUUUAGCGCAUAAGUGCAUAAGUCAUUUCCAGUCUGAUAGGAAUUCCUUUGCCAAUGUACACCCAAAGAAUUCCCUCUUCCCUCCCCCCCCACCCUUCUGCAACAAACCAACCCCCCUCUUGCGCACCUUCCCCUCCUGCAAUUCUACUUUGGAAAGAAAAUAAAAUGAAAGUUGGAG